AUGGGCACUCGAAGCACUAUCAUCUCGGCGAGGAGCAUCGCCACGCUCCUCCUUGCCUCCCCUUGCAUCCUCGCCGCCUCCAUAUCACCACCCAACUCGGCCUCGAUACCCACGCGCAUCUGGGACUCUUCUGCCGCCACCGCCUUCAAGGACUCCUUCGUCAUUGGCAACGGCCGCAUCGGAGCCACCAUCCCAGGUACCGCCGUCCAGGAGAAGCUAUGGAUCAACGAGGACUCCUUCUGGUCGGGCCAGCACCUCCAGCGCGCCAACCCAGACGCCCUCGCGAACAUGCCCGUCAUGCAGGCGCAGCUGGCUGGCGGCCGCAUCGCCGACGCCGCGACCCUGGCCUCGUUCGCCUACACCGGCACGCCCGUGUCGACGCGGCACUACGAGCCGCUCGGCAACCUGCAGCUGAACAUGAACCACAGCGCCGUGGUGAGCAACUACGAGCGCUGGCUCGACGUCGGCGACAGCUCGUCCGGCGUGUACUAUACGGCCGGCGGCGUGGCCUACACGCGCGAGUACAUCGCCAGCGAGCCCGCGGGCGUCAUCGCCAUCCGCGUCACGGCGGACCGGCCCGGCGCCGUGAGCUUCAACACGCACCUGCGCCGCGGGGAGUCGCUCAACCGCUGGAUGGACUAUAGCCGCAAGGUCGGCUCCGACACGGUCGUCAUGGGCGGCGGGAGCGCGAGCGUGCACACGGUUGAGUACGCCGCGGGGGCCAAGGUCGUGGCUACGGGUGGCAAGGUGUACACCCUUGGCGACUACGUCAUGUGCGAGGGCGCCGACGAGGCUGUCGUCUACUUCUCGGCUUGGACGUCGGUGCGUAAGGGCUCGCCUCGGGACGCAGUGCUGGCGGACUUGGCGGCGGUCGGUAAUGGCCCGGGUGACUAUGCUGCGUUGCGGGAGGAGCAUGUUGCGGACUAUCAGGCGCUCGCGGGGAGGGUGACGCUGGAUCUGGGUGCGUCUACGGCCGAGCAGAGGAAGGGUACGACGGCCGAGCGGUUCACUGGGCUGAACAAGGCCUUCGACCCGGAGCUGGCGGCUUUGUAUUUCCAAUUCGGCCGGUACUUGCUCAUCUCGUCGUCACGGAAGGGAACGGUGCCUGCGAACCUACAAGGCUUGUGGCUGGCCGAGAUGGAUCCUGAGUGGGGAUCCAAGUUCACUAUCAACAUCAACACGCAGAUGAACUAUUGGCCUGCACUUAUCACGAAUCUUGCAGAGCUCAACGCCCCCCUAUUCGACCUGAUUGACAAUCUCCACAAAAGGGGCCGUGAAGUUGCGAAAGCCAUGUACGGCGUCGAGGGAGCAGUCGGCCAUCACAACACCGACCUGUGGGGCGAUGCGGCACCCCAGGACAACUACGCCCCGUCCACCUUCUGGCCCAGCGGGUUCGCCUGGCUGGUCACGCACGUCUUCGAGCACUACCUCUUCACGGGCGACGUCUCGGUCCUGCGGGAACACUACGACGCCCUGCGCGACUCGGCCGUCUUCUUCCUCAACUUUGUGACCGACUACAAGGGCUGGAAGGUGACCAGCCCGUCCCUCUCGCCCGAGAACUCGUACUACCUCCCCAACUCGACGACGGCGACGGCCGCCCUCACGCUCGGCCCCACGAUGGACAACUCCAUCAUCUGGGCCGUGUUCGGCAUGGUCCUCGAGGCCCAGCGCGUGCUGCGCGUGGAGGACGCCGCGCUGGCGGCCAACCUCACGCGGGUGCGCGCCCUGCUCCCGCCCCUCCGCGUCAGCCCGUCCCUAGGCGGCAUCAUGGAGUGGAUCGAGGACUACCGGGAGACGGAGCCGGGCCACCGCCACUGGUCGCCGCUCUUCGGCCUGUACCCGGGCUCCGAGAUCACGGCCGACGACGCGAGGCUCUUCGAGGCCGCGAGGCGGACCAUCGACCGCCGGCUGUCGUUCGGCGGCGGCGAGUCGGGCUGGUCGCGCGGGUGGGCCAUCGCGCUGGCGGCGCGGGCGCACAACGCCUCGCUCGUGGGCGAGUCGCUGCACGUGCUGCUCACCAAGUGCACCUACCCGCGCGGCAUGCUCAACACGGGCGGGCCCGCGGCCUUCCAGAUCGACGGCAACUUUGGCGGCACGGCGGGCGUCGCGGAGGCGCUGCUGCAGAGCCACGAGCAGGUGGUUGUUGUUGCCGCCGGCGGUGGUGGGAACGGCACCAACGGCACCUGGCGUAACAGUCAGCAGCGGGAUGGUACGAACGCCACCGCGCCGCUGCGGCCGGCUCGCUUGGGCGACGACCCGGCGUCCAAGGUGCCCCUCAUCCGGCUGCUUCCCGCGCUUCCGGCCGCGUGGGCCGGCAAGGAUGGCGGCUCCGUACGCGGUCUGGUCGCGCGCGGAGGGUUCGAGGUCGACAUGGAGUGGGAUGCGGACGGCGGCUUCAAGAAUGCCACUCUCACUAGUAGACUGGGCAGCCAGGCGUGGUUGACGGUCGGCACGACGCCGAUCGGCGAGAGCGGGGCGAAGGAGGUCGCCGUCGCUGGUCAGGGGAAGGGAGGGUUCGUCCUGGUCAAGACCAAGAAAGGGGAUAAGCUGAGCGUUACCAUGGGCAUCUGUUCAGAGGAUGUGGAGGAGGACGAGUACGGCCGGAUCCGAUUCUGGCCUCUGUUUAAAACACUCCUGAAAGCUCAAAUUCAACAUCAUGCGCAACUCAUUGAAGUGCUCGAAAGCAUCGCGGUUGUGCUGCGCGACACGCCUGGCCCGGCAGGGGAUUAUGGCCUUCUGAAGCGGUUCCUCGAAACCCGCCCGCGCUUCUUUGACGACAUCUGGCCGAAGCUGGCAGUGCUGGCCUUGGAGCUUCCAGACUUGUUUCCUGGAGAUUCCUUGCCAGUUCUGCAGUCGAGCGAGACUGACCGUGUGGUUCUUUCGCGGCGCCAGGCGGCAUGCUUGGUAGUCCAUCAGUUCUUGUGCACUUUGGCGCCUCCGGCAUGGAAGGACGACAACAUCUACCAGUUCGACGUCUGGUAUAACUCGCAGCAGCGGCAAGGCACCGCGCCGCUUGCAUACUUGGAGGCGCUGUUCCUCUAUUUCGAACAAGGCGGGGGCAAUCUGGACAUAUGGAGCAACUCAACGGAGAGCUGGUCGGUUUCGUACUCGCUACGUUCAUCGCCCGUGAGCAGUGUGGAAGAAGACACCCCAGGGCUAUCACUCCCACUUACGACAUUGAAAGUUACAAAUGUUGACCACUACGACAAGGUUCCGGCUGCCUUGGGAGUACCUGGAGGUGCGACAGUCAUAUCUGCGAAUAAAUACAUUGGAUUCGGCCAGUCUGCAACUCAAGAGGAGAUCCACGUCGGUAUCUCGCCCGAAGCUUGCCCCGCCGUCCUCAUCACGCCGCCGCUCCAGACGCACGAAGCUCUCGUGGUGAAGGGCGCACAAGCCAUGGUGAAUCUGAUCGGCCAGAGACGCGACAUCCGGUCAGAAGCGAUGCCGCAGCCGGAAGGGGGCAUGCAAGCGUGGAGGGAGCGAACCAUGCUCUUCAUCGACGCGCUGGAAAUCGACAUGAUCUCUGACGAGCAUGGCUUGCCUGACCUUUUCCCCAGCCAUGUGGACCGGGAGAUAAACAAGGCCGCGCUAGCCUUCCAGUCCGGGCGCUACGAUGCCGUCCGGACGGGGAUAUGGGGAUGCGGUGCAUUUGGCGGCGACCCAGGGGUCAAGAUGCUUGCCAUGUGGUGCGCCGCUUCUCUGGCGGGGACGAACCUGGAUCUGUAUGUGGAUGGCUGGCAGCGAGAGUCGGCAGGAGAGCUGGAGGUAUUUGUGCAAAAGGCGGAGGGCAAGCUCAAGACGGUGGGUGACCUCAGGUCUUUGCUGCUCUCGGCGCCAAAGGACCUCAAGAGACUGGAAACAUUGAAAUGGUUUUCUCAAGCAUUAGAUUAG